ACUCCAGCGCAUUCGGCAAUCGACUUGUGUGGACUUCCUGUAAACACGGACCUACCGGUAAUGCUUGUUAAACUGUCUUUUUAAAUAAACUCCGGGUUUGCAAACUAAGUUGUUUGUGCUUCGUUUUAUGUGUAGGGACCCUAGUCAUGCUACUGCAGAGGUUUGGUGCUAUUUUUAACAAUAUUAGUGGUUAAAAAAUGCAGAUUUAGAAGCCAAACUCAAUGCCCCAAGCCAACAACAUGGACGCCAAACAUUGCGCCCGGCAAACUAUAAUACUCGAUUUUCAAUUAAAAAGGUAUCUGGAAGGCUUAUUUGAUGGGUUUUAAUGCCAAAACAAAGAUCCUGGGUUCAAUUUGCGCCGGAAUUACACUUCAAGUUAGUGGAACUACGAAUAAAGUACCCAGCCUGUCAAUAAUCGGUGGCCGCUUCACUGCCGGUCAAGGUGAAGGGUGUUACCCCUGAGACAACAUCGGCCCUGGAGGGAACGUCUCUCCUGUGCUCCUCGACUACGGUCUGGGAGCCGACAGCAGGAAACGUGUAACACUUCGAUUUCACCCAAGGCUGAGGCCCCGUUCACACGAAGCCGAAACGGGCGAAACCGUUACGGUUUCGAAGUAUCUCCGUAAAGACGAAGCCAAGCGAAACCGGGUAGAUCUGUAGAAACGCUGUAGUACACAUUCCAGGCCCAUAAGGGGCGCUGCUUCUGGUACAGAAAUCCAGAAGAAAUGAAAUAAGAAGAAGAGGCGAGCAUGCGCAUAAAGGCUGCCCCCCGAACCACUAACAACACAAACAAACAGCUCUUCUACGAUGGCGAACGCGAAGAAAGUAGAGAUAUUUGUCUGGUCUGACCAUGAGUGCGAGAUGCUGUUGCGGCUCACAUUAGAGUAUAAAGUAAGUAAAUUGCAACAGAAUGUCGACUGGGAGUCCUGCCAGUCCAAAUAUACGGACUUGUUGAAGGCAAUGCAGGACCAGUAUCCCAAGGAGGCAGCUGAAGACUUCCCUCACGAUGCAAUGGCCAUUACGAAAUCGCAGCUCACGAGCAAGCUCAAGAACAUCCGUUCUAAAUACCGAGGGGCAAUGGACACAGGGCGUCGAAGUGGCCAAGGGCGUGUGGUGAUGCUUUUUUAUGAGCUUUGCCAAGAGAUCUGGGGUGGCUCGCCCGCUAUGUGCUGCAUCGAGGGAGCCAUGGAGACUGAUGACCUUUUGGAGUCGCCGGGGUGCUCGACCCCAACAAUGGAGUCGCCAUCGCCACAUUCGGAGGAAUCCAGUGACUGCCUUCCUCCUGCCGUUGUGAAACAGCGCCGACAUUUGCUCCAGGCAAAGCUCGACAGCCACAGAAAGGACCGGCUGAAGAGGAAAGCUCGGCCUGACCCGGUGGCGGAAGCCGAGGAGGACCGCCAAAUGAAGAGGAGGAUGGUGGAGCUGGCUGAGGAGUCUGCAAGAAGCUACGCCGAGAGCACAUUGCAAUUAAACUCCAACAUUGCCAACAUCUGCAGCACUAUCCAGGACGGCUUAGCCUUGAUGAGGGAAAUUAUGUACCGACCGCCACAACAGACGCAAUAUGUACCCCCCCACAGCGGACAAUACAAUAGCUACCCCUCACCAUACAUUGAAACCACACCACGCCACACCCAACACAACGCCACACCAAUGAGUCAGUUUGCUCACACGCCAUCGCAAACACGCACCCCUGGGAAUAUACAGGAUUCAUACAGGCGAGCAUUGCUGGAGCUUGACGAUGUGGAGUGAGCACUGUGUACUUUUACUUAUGUUUGCAGUUUAAUACUUUUACUUAUGUUUGCACUAUUUACUACUUUUACUAGUUCUGUUAUAUUUUGUCUUAUGCGUGUGUCAUUUUUACGUUUGCACUUUUCUACUUUUGCACAUUUUUGACUUGUUAUUUAUUUUGCACUUCAAUAAAAACAAGAUUUGAAAUUUGCCAUCCUGUUUAUUUUCAACAACUUUUCAAUGACGGAGUAAUCAUAACUAUCUAAUCAAUUCAACACAGCCACUUGGGUUUAAGGGUCAAGGUACUUUGUGAGCACUCUUCUCACUCGCUUUCCCUCCCCCUCAUUACAUUCUGUGUAGUUGCAUUGCGUAGGAGGCUGCCAUUAAUUGUCACUUUGUAUUGUUCCCAUCACAGUGCGCUCAGUCACAGUCUCCUUGCUGUCCUCACAAAAGUUUUGCAGAACAAAACAAGCGUAAAUAACAUGGGGCAGGUCUUGCAAAUUGAUGUCCAUAGGCCUUCUUAGUA